AUGUUGAAAAAAAUUCAUCUUACAGUUUCAAGAACCGUGCCUCGCUACGCCCUCUACAGAAGUCUCUGGGAAAUUCAUCAAAGUUAUUACUGUUUAAUUUCAUUUAAUCAUUCCCUGUCCAUCAAUACUGAUAAGCCAUCAAUAAAAGUUCGGUGCGCGUCGGCCGAGUGUCUGAGUUAUUCCCAGCUCACGGGGUGUGGGGGGUCGCGGCGGGGCGGUGCGCGGGCGCAGUUCAGUGUGGCGCGCGCCGCCGCCGCCAUGGGCAACCAAUCCUCCGCACACUCGCACAAAGCCAGGAAAAACGUCCACUGGAAGUCAGCAGGGCGGCCGGCGGUGCCUGGCAAGCCGGAUAUUAUUCCUAUAUUGACGGAUGAUGAGCCUAACGCGAUCACGUUGAGAUGGGCGCCACCUGCGCACGACGGAGGUGCGCCUCUACGCGGAUAUCAAGUGGAAUGCAACCGUCUCGGGUCAGUGGACUGGGUGCGCACCGCUCCCCCAGUCGUGCUCCGACCUGAACUACUCCUCACAGGUUUGGAACCCCCGCACCGAUACCAAUUCCGAGUGGCAGCAUUAAAUGCUGUGGGCCGCUCUGAGUACAGUGAACUCUCCGAUGUUCUCACCGUCAACUCCGAUAGCCCCGUCAACCAACCACCGCUAUUCCUCCAACAUCUCGAAGAUGUAAUUGCUCUUGAAAACGACAAAACAGAGUUUCGAGUAUCAUUUUCAGGCGUACCUCCUCCUACGAUAGCAUGGUUUAAAGAUGAUUACGAAAUAUUUAGUAGCAGACGGACGGCAAUAUCUACUAAUGAAUCCACUAGUAUUCUUAUUUUUCAUCAAACGCUUGCAAGCGACGAAGGAGAGAUCAAAUGCACAGCGACCAACCGCGCCGGUCAUGCGGUGAGUAGAGCCAAGCUGUCCCUGGAAGCCGCCCCAAAACUACGGUACCCGAGACAAUACGAAGAUGGCCUUUUAUACGAAAUAAACGAAACUGUUUUCUUAAAAACGACUAUUGUUGGCAAACCUACUCCUGUCAUUGAAUGGCGUCACGACGGCCUACCAAUAGCUGUCGAUGAUCGGGUUCAAAUCUCAAAUACACCAAAGUUUUCUAUGUUAAAAAUAAAUUCGGCGCGGCGGAGUGACCGCGGGGAGUACCAGGUCCAUGCAAAAAAUGCUAUAGGAGAAGAUACAGCAGCGUUUCUGGUCACUAUCACAGCCCCUCCAGAUCCUCCACGAAAUGUGUCAGUAGCGAGGCAAGUUGACAAGUCUGUUUCUUUGGACUGGGAACCCCCAGAGGAUGAUGGGGGAUGUCGUAUCGGAAACUAUGUAAUAGAAUAUUACCGCAGUGGCUGGAAUGUGUGGUUGAAGGCGACUACGAGUCGCAAAACGACAGUUACACUUUUCGAUUUGAUCGAAGGAAGUGAAUACCGGUUUCGCGUGAAAGCAGAAAGUCCUUACGGGAUGAGUGCGCCAAGUGUGGAAUCAACACCCGUUAAAAUUCCCGGUCGGGCUGUCGAUAUGGAGUUUUUGGCUGUUGAAUCUCGAAUCAUUACUGAUGUAUUGACGCGUGAAGGAGAGAUACCGGUGUCUCCAGCACCGAGACGUAAGAGAUUAGCAGCAUCCCCAGCAUCCCGCCCUGUUCAGGAGCCCGCCGCCUCCCCUGUUCCUCUUCGGAAGCAUAAAAGAGUUUCUGUCCCUAAUGAAGCCACGAGUAACGAGUUCAUGUUGGUGCUAUAUCCAGAUAGCAACAAAUCUAACGAUAAAACUGAAAAGAGGAAGUCGUUCCAGUUGGAUUUAGAAGAUGCUUUGUCACCGCCUCCUAUCUCACUGUCAGCGCCAGAACUCAGCUCGCGAUGCAUUAUGCCAUUUAAAGCACUACGGAACGCAGUUAGUUCCACGGAGUUACUUCACGAGCGCGCUAUGGCUAGGUUUUAUAAAGCAGUCGCCUUAAAAGAAGAACAGUCUAAAACUAAAAAUGAAAAGUCUCUCAGACAAGAACCCAAUCACAUUCCGCACAGCAUGACCAUGACCAACAGUAUCGAUCGUAACGACACUAACGAAACAACAACAAAAAUUAACAACAUUCAAUCUAAGCUUAUAACACCAGAAAUAUUUGUCAAAUCAGAUUCCAUGGAGUCUAAAGAAAUAAAAUUCACUCCAACACGACAAGAUUCAGAUAUGUCAGAUAAAUGGCAACAUAUGUCCUUUGAUGAAGAUUACACUGCGAGCACGGUAUCAACUGAUGGUGAGUAUUCUGAUGAAGAAGAAGAUAGUCUGGCGGAAGAUGAGGCGAGAGAAAAUCAAUUGAUGGACGAAGAACAAACUUACAAUCCAAGAAAUAAGAUUACACGACCUUCUCCUGUCAAGGAAAGCAUGGAGGUAGAGGAAGAAUCUGAAACUGAAAUUGAGCCUAUAAAGCUUUCGCCUCUCCCAGAUCCAAACUUUGUACCUAAACCAAUUCUAAAAAAGAGGGAAGUCGAUAUUAACAAAAAUAUGGAAACGAAGAUUACAAAACAAGAAAAAUAUGUUCCAAUUAAACAGAAAAAAGAAGAAAAAAUAAACUUAUUUAAAAAAAUAACAAAACAAAAGCCUUUUAGUUUUCCGAAAAUGCUUAACAAAAAAGAAAAUGAGAAAUUGGAAGAUGUGCUAAACGCUAAAGAGGAAAAAUCUAUGAAGAAGGAUGAACCAACUGUAGAAGAAAAAUUUAGUGACGAGGGCAAGACUGUUAUAGAUUAUUAUGGUAAUAUUGUCAAAGAGUAUGGAAGUCACAAAAAAUCUAACACUCCUCUUUAUCUAAAUACAGAAGAAUUAAAACAAGUAGCAGAGCAACAAAAAGAUGACGACACUAAAGAGAAUAAAGUUAUAGAAACAAAGAAAAAUGUUGUUAAAAAGGUUUCGGAGAAUAAAAUGAAUUCUGUAAAAGCAAAGAGCAAACCUGUCGCAAAACAAAAGGUGAAAUCGCAAAAAGCGGACCAACACAAAGUACUUAAUGAAAUUAAGGAGAAAGCUCCUGUAAAUAUACAGAGAAAAGUUCAAAAACCAGAUAAAAGUUCACUAGACACUCAAGUGGUUCUCAAAACUACUGAACGAGCAACAGUUGUCAUCCCGAUAGAUUACAAAAAACUAGAACAGAGAGCCAAAGAGAAUGUCAGAUCGGCAAUUGAUUAUACAGUAGAUCUAUGCCUACUUUUAUUGGCUUUCUGGGUGUACUUUUUUAAAGAUGAGAGAUUAGCUAUUCCUUUUUUAAUCCUCAUUAUCUAUCGUCAAUUACAGGAGACUAUUUUACAAAAUAUUCCUGAAUUUAUAAACCGCCACACGCCCCACUGGCUAAAGAAGAAAACUUCU